AUGGCAAAAUUCGAAAACACACAUGUCUCAAUUGUGGGAUAUGAUGCCAAGUCUGGCAAUGCCAUUGAAUUUAAGAAAAUGAUGAGGCAUCGAAAUCAUUCAGAUGACAGUCUAAUAUAUGAGAGUCUAAGAUGUUCAGCUGACGGAACUCUCAUCACCGCUAUUGCUGGUUUCUCCUUGCCUGAGUAUUAUCGUCGAAGUUCCUCGGAAUUCAAUGCCUGGAACCUAGCCACUGGGAAACCAUUGGUAGUGCUAGAUGGCCACCAAUUCAAACCGCACGAGGUGAAGUUUUCCACGGACAGUACAAAAAUAGCGUCUACAGCCGAUGAUGGAACAGCUCGGCUUUGGGACCUGGGGCCAGAAUUCUCAUUCGAUGAGGGUUCCAGCGGCGAUCUAGAAAUAUACGACAUUGAUCGAAUCGUGCGAAGCAGCUCAAACCAGACUCCAUUCACAAUCAUUGAAUCCAGGUCUCAGUUAGCAUUUUGGGAUCUUAAAAUUGGGCCUCAGCAACCUCUCUUAGUCCAUCGAGAGUACUUUGAUGAAACCUACUUCUCUCCUGACGGAAGCCUAUUCUUUUGCCGGGCUUCUUCAGGCAAUCACUACCAGGUCAGAAACACGGUCACUGCAGAGGUCAUUCAUCACAUUCCUUCUUCAUAUAGAACAGGCGUUUCUCGCGCGACUUUUAGUGCGAACAAUUUGCUACUGAUCAUUGUUUUGUAUGUCGACCCUGAACAGACUUCUACAGAAUCGGAUGAACAUUUCCUAGAAGAUGGUGACAUUGAUGAAUGUGACAUCAUUAUGUUCGUUGUUUCCACUGGUCAACAGCAAAAAUUCAGGUCUCCAUUCAUAAGGGAUUUGAAAUUCUCACCAGAUGGGAGACUUCUUGUGCUUGCCUUUCCAGAUCCAAAAGCGACGCAUGCGCCCAUGAACAUGGACACCAUAUUUGAAAUUCGAGAUCCCAUGACAUGGAUCCUUGUCAAACCACAAUUGAGGACCGGUGGAAUGGCAUGUGCUGCAUGGUCUUCAAGAGGCGAUAUGAUUAUGAUUACAUGUCAAAUGGACAACUCGCAAUGUGACGGCAUUCAGUUGUGGGAUUUGACCACAGAUAAGAUAAUGCCCUUUAUCAAGGCUGGUCACUGGUCAUGCGAACGCCGUUGGCUUUUUCACUUGAUGAAAAAUAUUGUGUGA